AGACGGUUUUGUUCAACUGCCCCGUCAGUUCCGCAAUAAAACAAUUUUUUCCUAUUAAAUUCAAUAAUAAUCGGGAGAAUUGAAAUUGAAAAAAAAGGGCGUUCAUAAAGCUCCCCCCUCUCCAUUUGAUAAUAGUGGUGAAACUAGUGUUGUAAUUACUGUCGUCACCGUGGCUCCUGCUGAAAGACGUGGCUCCAGUAGCCCCCCGACUGCCAACAUGCUCGUGCCGCCCGAUAUGUUAGCGGCCCAAUCCAAAAUGGUUUAUCAACUGAACAAGUACUACACAGAAAAAGUGCAAACCAGAAAACUGACGACCGCGAAAACCAUCCAAGAGGUGUGCCGAGUGGUCCAGGACGUCCUCAAGGAAGUGGAAGUGCAAGAACCGCGUUUCAUAUCCUCCCUGACCGACUAUAACGGACGUUUCGAGGGUCUAGAAGUAAUUUCCCCCACGGAGUUCGAGGUGGUGAUCUAUUUGAACCAAAUGGGGGUCCUGAACUUCGUGGACGAUGGCACCUUACCCGGUUGCGCCGUGCUAAAACUCAGCGACGGCAGGAAACGCUCCAUGUCCCUCUGGGUGGAGUUUAUCACCGCUUCCGGUUACUUAUCAGCGAGAAAGAUGCGAUCCAGGUUUCAAACCCUCGUGGCCCAAGCGUGUGAUAAGUGCUCCUACCGAGACUCCGUUAAAAUGAUCGCCGACACCACCGAAGUGAAACUGAGGAUCCGAGAACGGUUUAUAGUGCAAAUAACCCCCGCGUUUAAAUGUACCGGAUUAUGGCCCAGAUCUGCCGCCCAUUGGCCUCUGCCCCAAAUCCCUUGGCCCCAUCCCAACUUAGUUGUCGAAGUGAAAACCGAAGGUUUCGACUUACUAUCCAAAGAAUGUAUCGCCUUACAAGGGAAACAAUCCGCCAUGGAGGGUGACGCGUGGGUUCUAUCGUUUUUAGAAGCCGAGAAUCGACUUUUGCAAGGGGGUUGUCGCAGGAGGUGCCUCAGUAUCCUCAAAACCCUCCGGGAUCGUCACCUGGACCUCCCAGGGAAUCCCGUGACCGGUUAUCACAUGAAAGCGCUUUUAUUGUACGAGUGUGAAAAACACCCUCGGGAAACCGAGUGGGAUGAAUCGUGCAUCGCCGAUCGGAUAAACGGGAUUUUUUUGCAGCUGAUCUCGUGUCUCCAGUGCAGACGGUGUCCUCAUUAUUUUUUACCGAACCUGGACCUUUUCAAAGGGAAAUCGCCGAGUGCGUUAGAAAAUGCCGCUAAACAAGUGUGGAGGCUCACCAGGGAAAUGUUAACGAAUUCCCGGUGUUUUGAAAAGUUGUGAACUUAAUCCUCCUUAGUAAGUAAACAUUUAAAUAUUGUUGUUUGUUAUUUGGGUGCGAGUACAUAAGUCGAAAUGUUUGCCGUCGGAUCUAUAGUAGCGUUUAAUAAUUAUUAUCAACUCUUGACUGUGAUGUUUUAUUUUAUUUUUUAGUAUAAAUUGACUGCUUUAAUAUGAUAAAUUAAAUAGUACAUAUUGUAUCAUAUUUUUGUAUAUUACGUUAAUAAUAAAAAUAUUGUAAUAA